GGUGCUAAAAGCAUCAUCUGAAAUUCUGGAUAUCCAAGGAUCAAGAUCUCACAACCUCCUUAAGAUGUCUAAAGGGAGUUUUUCUUGCUGUCCCCAAAACAAGGUUGCUUUGGAGAUCCAAGGAAGUACCUGGGUUUUUGUUUUUUGAUAUACAUCUCUGCGCAUAGAAAAAGUGACCUCACCCAACAUGAUAGGGGGAGGAGACAAAAGAGGCCCUAGGGUCAGUCUGAUUGGGACUGCUGAAACAUGCAUAGAAAAAAAGUUCCUGAAAGGAGAAACCACCAAUUGGAUUAUACAAAAUCCCUCCUUCAAGGGAUUCUCCUACCAGGACUCUAAGGGACCCCGAGAGCUUUGCAGCCAACUCUACCAAAUUCAUCGUGAAUGGCUGAGACCGGAAAAAAACACAAAAGCUCAGAUGUUGGACCUGGUGAUCCUGGAGCAGUUCCUGGCCAUCCUGCCCCCAGAGAUGGAGACUUGGGUCCGGGAAUGUGGAGCAGAGACCAGUUCCCAAGCUGUAGCCCUUGCAGAGGGCUUUCUCUUGAGCACAGCAAAUGACCACAAGCAGGGAGAGCAGCAGGUUCAGAAGCCCUUCCUGUUGGCUGCAGAAGACACUGAAGCAUGGAGGGAUCUGCUUUAUUCCUCUCAGGAAUUGAGCAUUCAGGAAGUGUCCCAGGAGGGUCCAUCUGAGAACUUAGCAGUCUCCAAGAAUAAAACAUUGAUAACUCUUGUGGGACCAUCUCUCUUUUGUGGUGUAGAAGCAGCGGUUGUGCUUCCAACUCGGAAUUCCUUGUCUUUCGAUGAUGUAGCUGUUUUCUUCUCAUUGGAGGAGUGGGAUCUGCUAGACUUCAACCAAAAAAUCCUGUACAACGAAGUUAUGUCGGAAAAUGCCAGGAACAUGGCCUCCACAGGAGUUGGGUGGCCAGAGAGUGCAAAUUAUAAACAGACAUCUGUAGAGCAUGCACAAACAGUCAGAAACAACCUUGGAGAAGAGAUGUUUGAAAAUCCGCGGGGACCAGAAACAUCUGAAUGCAACCAAUUACACAAGAGAAGAGCAAAAUCUUGUACUCCUCAGUGGGCAGAAAUCCAUUUUUAUCUUAGCCAGCAAGGACACAAAAAAGAAAGGAAAUGUCCCACCUGUGGAAAAACACGUAGAGAAAAUUCAGAUCUCUGCAAAUACUGCAGAACUCACGAUAAAGCAAAAAAAUAUAAAUUUGGGGAGUGUGAUCAAAAUUACAAUUGGUCCCUCCUUCCUACCUUACAUCAAAUGACCCAAACUGUAGAAAAAACAUAUCCCUGCACUGAAUGCGGGAAAACCUUCAGCAAGAGCAGUAAUCUUAAUGCCCAUAAAAGGAUCCAUACAGGUGAGAAACUAUAUCAGUGCAUGGAGUGUGGAAAGAUGUUCAGGUGGAGCAGCGGUCUCACUUACCAUAAGAGGAUCCAUUCAGGAGAGAAACCGUAUAAAUGCACAGAGUGCGGAAAGAGCUUCAGUGGCCUGAGUUCCUUUACUUCCCACAGAAGGAUGCAUUCUGGGGAAAAACCUUAUAAAUGCACCGAGUGCGGGAAGUGCUUCAGUGAAUUCAGUUCCUUUACUUCCCACAAAAGGAUGCACUCAGGAGAGAAACCCUAUAAAUGUGCAGAGUGUGGGAAGUGCUUCAGUUGCCUGAGUUCCUUUACGUCCCAUAAAAGGAUCCACUCGGGGGAGAAGCCAUAUAAAUGCAGGGAGUGUGGAAAGAACUUCACCAUAAGCAGUCACCUGAUUUCCCACAAAAGGAUUCACUCAGGCGAGAAACCUUAUCAAUGCACGGAAUGUGGAAAGAGCUUCACUUUAAGCAGCCAUCUUACUUCCCACAAAAGGAUCCAUUCAGGGGAGAAGCCCUACAAAUGUGUUGACUGCGGAAAGAAGUUCAGGUGGAGCUGUCACCUGACUUCCCAUAAGAGGAUGCACUUAGGAGAGAAACCCUAUAAAUGCACGGAGUGUGGAACGAGCUUCAUUAACCUGAGUUCCUUUACUUGCCAUAAAAGGAUCCACUCCGGUGAGAAACCAUAUCAAUGCACACAGUGUGGGAAAAAUUUCAGGAGUGCCACUAAUCUGAAUGAACACAAAAGGAUCCAUUCGGGUGAAAAGCCAUAUAAAUGCGCAGAAUGUGGGAAAAGCUUUAGGUGGAGCAGUUGCCUUACAUCCCAUAGAAGGAUCCACACGGGGGAGAAACCGUACAAAUGCACAGAGUGUGGAAAGGACUUCCGGAGGAGCUGUUCUCUCACUACUCAUAAAAGAAUUCACACAGGGGAGAAACCAUACCAAUGUACUGAGUGCGGAAAGAGUUUCACUACGAAUNGAGGACUUCAACUCCCAGAAUUCCCCCCGACGGAAAUCUUGGUAUGA